AAAAGGAGAAAAUUAUUGAUGAAUGUACUUUUGAGGUUGAGGAUUACUAGUCGAAGAAGCAAAGGAUAUGUUUGUGAAUCAUUGUGAAAUAUAUAUGAACACACACACACUUUGGGGUUCAAAACUGAGAUUGAAAAGAGUAGAGGAAAAUUAGGAUCAUGGAUUUUUUGGUGACAAUGAUAGAGCCUUACAGGGCAGUGAUAAAAGAGGAAUGGAAGAAAGUGAAGGAAGAAUUAAAAGACGAGACGAAGAUUGUGUUUCCGAUGACAGCUAGCAGGGACACGGCGUUGCAUUUGGCAGUGUACAGCGGAGGAGAGGAGCCAUUGAGAACAUUCCUGGUGGGGAUUUUUGAAAUGGACGAAGCGUUCUGGAGGAACAGUGCCGGAAACACGCCGUUGCACGAAGCUGCAACGGUGGGGAAUCUGGCUGCGGUUAAGCUGUUAGUUGAGUACAAGAAAGAAGAUCUUGUGGCGGAGAAUAUUUACGGAGAAACUCCUCUAUUUAGAGCAGCAAGAUGUGGACAUCUUGAGAUUGUUAAUUAUAUAUUAGAAGACUGUGAAGAUUUCUUCUCUCGGUGUUCAAGGCAUUGGACUAAUAGGAAGGGUAAUCCCAUCAUUCAUGCUGCCAUUCAAAGCCAAAAAUUUGAUGUGGUUUUGAAACUGACUGAAUUCGAUAAGUCGCUGUUGGAAAUGACGAAUCUAGAAGGCAAAACGGCUCUUCAUGUAUUGGCCAACAUGCCAUCUGCUUUUCAAAGUGGAUAUCCCAUGAAGUUCUUUGAAUCAAUUAUCUAUAAUCUGCUUCCUACUCAGGACAUCUACAAUUAUAAGUAUUCAAAUUUUGGGUCUUCCAACAAUGAUCCUAAUGGCUAUUCUAAAAGCUCUAUUAUUCAAAAUAAGAAUGAAGAUUUAGAAGCUGGAAUUAGCAACUCUGAAACUCCAAACAAAUUAUGCCAUUCAAAUUGUUGGAUACAUUUAGUCCACUUCUUGGCUUGCUUCUUUUGGAAAUUCAUCUUCUUAGGAUGGCCCCAAUGGAAAGAACUGUAUGAGAAAAAGCAACAGCACAAAUUAGCCCUGACCAUCACCAACAUGCUUGCUCACAUAGAUUUUUCAUGGCGCCAAACCCAAGCCACCCCACCGGAGAUUACCGAAGUCGACUCCUUCGGACUCCCCCUUCCCAAAGAAGGCGAUGUAGACCUCCACAUCUUAACAACUCAUCCAUCUUCCGACCACAACCAAGGAGAAAUUGGAGAUAUCGAAUUCUACGAACAUCACGAAACCCCUCUCCUACUUGCCGCUGCCAAUGGAAUCAUUGAGAUCGUCCAACAAAUUGUGGAAGUUUUCCCUCAAGCCGUGGAUUACGUAACGGUUCACCAACGAAACCUGCUCCAUGUGGCCAUUGCUCACCGUCAAAAACAGGUGUUCAAGUGGAUUCAAAAUCAUAGACUAAUCAUGACAAGGCUAGUGACACGAAUCGACACCUUAGGAUUCACUGCACUUCACCAUGUGGGCGUCACGAAAUUCUUCCGCGGUGGAACCCACGGCCCUGCUUUACAACUCCAACAAGAACUCAUAUGGUAUGAGCGUGUGCAAUCUCAAAUCCCCGCCCUUUACAACAUGCACCACAACAAGAUGAAAUGGACCCCUCGCGAGUAUUUCUACAAGACGCAUGAAAAAAUGCUUGACCAAGCCAAAGAAUGGCUCAAGAAAACCUCUGAGUCUUGUUCUGCCGUCGCCGUCCUUGUUGCUACUGUCGUAUUCGCCGCUGCCUACACUGUUCCCGGUGGGCUUAAUAGCAAGACUGGGUCUCCUAUUCUACUCACUGAACCUAUCUACGUUGUGUUCACUGUCAUGGACAUUCUCGCCCUCGCCACUGCCCUCUCGUCGGUGGUUCUGUUUUUGUCGAUUCUAACAUCGUCCUUUAAGAUGGAGGAUUUUCUGCACACGUUGCCAAUGAAACUCUCGAUUGGAUUCCAACUUUUGUUCUUCUCUGUGGCGAGCACGAUGAUGGCAUUUGCAUUGACGAUUGUGUUGACAGUGAAGUCAGAGGAGAUGAAGUGGACGGUGAGUUUGUUGUAUAUGGCGACGUUUUUUCCGGUGACCAUGUUUAUAAUAAUUCAGCUCCCUCUGUAUGUGGAAUUAGUGAAGAAUAUUUGGAGAUAUGGCCACAAGAUUUCCAAGUUUCUUCCCAUGGGGUUUCUUGCUCUAUGUUGUAAACUUCCUUCCAAAGUUUUGAGUAGGAAAUUUGUUUGAUAUAUAUUAACAGUCAAUUGUCUUUGAAUCUGCAGCCAUCCAUUUAUAAAUAGAGUUCUUUUCAA